UGCUUGUACGGACGGAAAGAAGGAGCAGCCUCUCUCCAAGAUGGCGGCGACCAUAGACAACAGCAAUGCCGUGCAGGCGACAAAGAAAAAGCACCUCGGGAUCCCCGAAGCUGUGUUCGUGGAGGAUGUGGACUCUUUCAUGAAGCAGCCGGGCAACGAGACGGCGGAUUCAGCUCUGAGGAAGCUGGACGAGCAGUACCAGAAGUAUAAAUAUAUGGAGCUGAACCUGUCCCAAAAGAAGCUCAGGUUGAAGAAUCAGAUCCCGCAAAUCACACAGACGCUAGAAAUCCUACGACACAUGCAGAAGAAGAAGGAGACCACAGAGCCGAUGGAAACGCACUUCCUAUUGGGUAACAACGUUUACUGCAAGGCCUCAGUGCCGCCCACCAACAAAGUCUGCCUUUGGCUAGGGGCUAAUGUCAUGUUAGAGUACGACAUCGAUGACGCCCAGGCUCUCCUAGAGAAGAAUCUAUCCACGGCGUCUCGCAAUCUGGAGACGCUCGAGGACGACCUGGACUUCCUGCGGGACCAGUUCACCACCACCGAAGUCAACAUGGCACGAGUCUACAACUGGGCCGUAAAAUCAAGGAGCAAAGAGAACCUCCUCAAAUCUGCAGACAAGUCUUAAUAUCAGCGUCCGCACCGCCUUCUGCAAACGAUUUCCUCCUUAGUCAAUAAAAAAAGAAAAACAAAGCCCUCAAAAUGUGUAUGUUCCCCCCAGAGCUCUGUCAAGCUCUGACUCCCUCCACUACUGUUUUCUGUUGAUUUGUUAAUUUUUAAAGUAUUUUUUCAAGUAAAAACGAACAAAAAAAAAACAAAUGCAACGGGGCAGUUUUUGUAUUCUUCUUAAUGAUUUAAAUGUUUAGUCAGAUAGUGAACGAGUUGCACCUUCUUUUUUCUUUACUGCAUUUUUCCACCUUUCCGCCCCUCUCCUCCUCAACCUGCAACAAAUAAUCACAUCUGGGACCUUACACUUCAGUCGAUUGAAAAUCACCCAGUUGCCGUUGUAGAAUCGGGUUGGAAGGAUGAACGGCGCAGAAGAUUUUUUUUUUUUACUCACUGCAGGACUUGAAGGAGUUCAGAGGGAUCAGCUGUAGUCCUCCUUGUUCCUCCCUUUAUCUCCUCCUCUUCCUCCCCUCUCAGCUGCUGCUCUGUCUAUAUUUAUUUGUCUCUCACUGUAUUCAUCAUUAACAAAGAAUGAAGUAAAAGAAGAACACCUGGGCAAAGAGAUGAGACCUC